AUGACGGAGUGGGCCGACCGCUUCCCGCUGACGUUCGCCAACGACAAGCAGCUCACGACCAAGUUCGAGAACUGGGUCGACGAGCUCAAGAAGCAGCGCGACGCCGAGAAGAAGGAGAAGCGCAGCAAGGACCGUGCCACAGUCGCCUCCAAGAUCGAUUUUGCGCCCUUCUUCGCUGCCGCUGCCAAACUGAAAGCGUACGUGGAGAAUCUGGAGAGCGACCUGAAGGCGGAGGAGGAGGCCGAGGCCAAGGCGGCAGCGGUGGCAGCGGAGGUCAAGCCCGAGGAGGAGGCCAAGGAGGCCGAAGAGGAAAUGGGCACCGCCGCCCCGGUACUCAAAGAGCUCUCGGCCAAGGAAUUGGCGCAGCAGCUGACGUUGGCCGAUUUCAAGACCUUCUCCCGCAUCAGCCCCAGCGAGUAUUUCCAUCAAAACUGGGUGAAGCACAAGGAGAACGCACGGAACCUCUCGGCCAUGAUCCGCUGGUUCAAUGAGGUGAGCUUGUGGGUGAUGACGCAGAUCGUGACCGGUGCGGAGGUGAAGGACCGCGCCAAGACCAUCUCCAAAUUUGUCAACGCCGCCAAGGAAAUGCGAGCAUUGAACAACUACAACGGCAUCAUGCUGCUCCUGUCGGCCCUCAACAACUCGUCCAUUCGACGACUCACCGCCGAGUGGGAGUCGGUCGGACCCAAGGCGCAGCUGGCACUCGACACCCUUUACGAGCUGCUCAACCCCGAUGAAAAUUUUGCCAACAUGCGGACGACGCUGUCGCUGUGUACGCCACCGGUGAUCCCCUUCAUGGGAUUCUACCUCACGCAGGUGACCUACAUCGACGAAAACGACGACACACGGGACGGGAUGGUCAACUUCAACAAGAUGAUGAUGCUUGGCAAGGUAAUGCUGGAGCUCAACCGGUACCAGAACGCGACGUAUCCGUUCAAGCCGCUGCCGCAGGUGCAGAGCUACUUCCUCGACCGGAAGCCGACGGAGAGGAAGAAGGGCGGAGGUAGCACCAACAGCCUCGGGCGCAUGCGCUGGAUGGACGAGAAGGGCGUCUACGACAAGUCCCUCGUCAUCAAACCUCGCGGCUCCUGA